AUGCCACCAAAGUCCCCAACUGCUUCGAAGGGCUCCAAAAAGCUUAUGAAAAAAGCCAUACCUAAAACGGGCGAGAAGAAAAGAAAGAGCAAGCGGAAAGAAAGCUACGGUAUCUACAUCUACAAGGUCCUGAAGCAAGUUCACCCGGACACUGGCGUAUCUUCUAAGGCCAUGUCCAUCAUGAACAGUUUCGUAAACGACAUCUUUGAGCGAAUCGCCGCCGAGGCUUCUCGUCUGGCGCACUACAACAAACGUUCCACCAUCACCAGUCGUGAAAUCCAGACUGCCGUCCGUCUUCUCCUGCCUGGUGAACUGGCCAAACAUGCAGUCAGCGAAGGUACAAAGGCCGUUACAAAGUACACAAGCAGCAAGUAG